AUGAAGAGCCCGUCUCCCGUGGAUCCUGAGUCGCCGAGUUCUCCCGAUUGCAAGGGAGGGAGCAGCAGCAAGAGGAGGCGGCUGCCAUGGCGGAUGACGAUGAGCCUGGCGUACCAGAGCCUCGGGGUGGUGUACGGCGACCUGAGCACGUCGCCGCUGUACGUGUACAAGGCGGCGUUCGCGGAGGACAUCCAGCACUCGGAGACCAACGAGGAGAUCCUCGGCGUGCUCUCCUUCGUCUUCUGGACGCUCACCCUCGUCCCGCUCCUCAAGUACGUCUGCGUCGUCCUCCGCGCCGACGACAACGGCGAGGGCGGCACCUUCGCCCUCUACUCCCUCCUCUGCCGCCACGCCCGCGCCGCGCUCCUCCCGCCUGGCGGCGGCGGCGGCGGCGGCGAGCCGGGCGACGAGGACCAGUUCUUGGACGCGGGCGCCGACAAGAAAGCCGCGGCGAACGGCAAUGCGCUGGCGCUGAGCGGGCGCGGCGGCGGAGGCGGCGCCGCCGCCGGCGUGAGGAGGCUGCUGGAGCGGCACAAGGUGCUGCAGCGCGUGCUCCUCGUGCUGGCGCUGGUGGGCACGUGCAUGGUCAUCGGCGACGGCGUGCUCACGCCGGCCAUCUCCGUGUUCUCGGCGGUAUCCGGGCUGGAAUUGUCCAUGGAAAAGCAUCAGCACAAAUAUGUGGAGGUUCCUAUUGCUUGUUUUGUACUGGUUUGCCUGUUUUGUCUGCAACACUAUGGUACACACCGGGUGGGGUUCCUUUUUGCACCAAUUGUGAUUACAUGGCUUCUAUGUAUAAGCAUGAUUGGUGUUUACAAUAUCGUGCAUUGGGAGCCCAAUGUCUAUCGAGCGUUAUCUCCAUAUUAUAUGUACAAGUUUUUGAAGAAGACGCAGAGAGGAGGUUGGAUGUCACUGGGAGGAAUAUUGUUAUGUAUCACUGGUUCUGAAGCAAUGUUUGCAGAUCUGGGGCAUUUUAAUCAGCUGUCGAUACAGAUUGCUUUUACUUGCAUGGUUUACCCAUCCUUGAUCCUUGCAUACAUGGGGCAAGCUGCUUAUCUGUGUAAGCAUCACAUCAUUGAAAGUGACUACAGGAUCGGGUUCUAUGUGUCUGUGCCUGAGAAAAUUAGGUGGCCAGUUCUGGCAAUUGCCAUUCUUGCAGCAGUUGUCGGGAGCCAAGCUGUUAUCACUGGCACAUUCUCAAUGAUCAAGCAGUGCACCGCUCUCGGCUGCUUUCCUCGGGUGAAGAUAGUUCACACAUCUGACAAAGUACACGGGCAAAUUUACAUCCCUGAGAUCAAUUGGAUCCUGAUGAUACUGUGCUUAGCUAUUACCAUUGGUUUCAGAGACACAAAACACCUGGGCAAUGCGUCAGGAUUGGCGGUUAUAACCGUUAUGCUGGUCACGACAUGUCUGAUGUCCCUGGUGAUAGUUCUGUGUUGGCACAAGAGCAUCUUCCUCGCAUUCGGCUUCAUCAUCUUCUUCGGCACCAUUGAGGCACUCUACUUCUCAGCAUCACUCAUCAAGUUCAGAGAAGGAGCCUGGGUCCCAAUUGUGCUGGCCUUCAUCUUCAUGGCGAUAAUGUGCAUCUGGCACUAUGGCACCAUCAAGAAGUAUGAGUUCGAUCUCCAGAACAAGGUCUCCAUCAACUGGCUCCUUGGCCUCAGCCCCAACCUCGGCAUUGUCCGAGUCCGCGGCAUCGGCCUCAUCCACACCGAGCUCGACUCUGGGAUCCCGGCAAUCUUCUCGCAUUUCGUCACCAACCUACCUGCAUUUCAUCAAGUGCUCAUCUUCCUCUGCAUCAAGAACGUCCCGAUACCGCAUGUCUCGCCGGAGGAGAGGUUCCUCGUCGGAAGAAUUGGCCCCAAGGAGUACAGAAUCUACCGGUGCAUUGUCAGGUACGGCUACCACGACGUGCACAAGGACGAUCAGGAGUUCGAGAAGGAGCUCGUCUGCAGCGUCGCGGAGUUCAUCCGCUCCGGCGCCGCCGCCGCGGCCGACGCCGCGGCCUCUUCCAAGCCCAAGAACGUCUGCGGCGGCGGCGCGGAGGAGUCGGAGAAAGAGGAGGAGGAGCGGAUGUCCGUCAUCCCCUCCGGCAGCAUUCGGAUGAUGGAGGAGGACGGCGGCGCGGGGGCGCCGUCGUCGGAGGACACCGUCGGCGGCAGCGGCAGCGGCAGCGGCAGAGGCAGCUCGCGCGGCGGCGGCGGCGCAAGGGAGAUCAUGUCGCCGUCGCCGUCGCCGCCGCCGGUGGUGGUGGCGCCGAGGAAGAGGGUGCGGUUCGUGCUGCCGGCGGCGAGCCCGCGGCCGGACGCCGGCGUGCGGGAGGAGCUGCAGGAGCUGAUGGACGCGCGCGAGGCCGGCAUGGCGUUCAUCCUCGGCCACUCCUACGUCAAGGCCAAGAGCGGCUCCAGCUUCUUCCGGCGGCUGGUCAUCAACUUCUGCUACGACUUCCUCCGCCGCAACAGCCGCGGCCCCAACUACGCCGUCACCAUCCCUCACGCCUCCACCCUCGAGGUCGGCAUGAUUUACUAUGUCUAAUACAAAAAAAAAAUCAAACCACCAUAGAUAGAUAGAAGAACAAGAAGAGAGACAAAACAGGAGACGAAUCGAAACAAAAAUGAAGUUUCGCUUGUAUAUCCUCGAUCUUGUAAUUGACCCGAGAGUUUUUGUUGUAAAUGUAGUAGCCUGAUUUCUCCUA